AUGAUUCUCUUCAAAGCCUGUCCGACCUUUCUUCUGGUGGGAUUCCUACUGCAUUUGGCCUCAUCUCGGGAGCCACUCGUCGAUAAGAAUGGGAGAUUUGGCUUUGUCGAUAAUAUCCAGACUAUAAGUGUCAAUGGGUCGACUGGAAACUAUGCUCCUCUGAGCCUGGUCCGUCGUGACUCGCAAGAUCAUCGAUGGAAGCUAUGCCGUAAUAAAUGCGGCCCAGGGAGUUCUAGAAUCUCCCGGAAGAGAUCUAUCAUAAAUUUGUCAACAAACUAUUUUCGGCGAUUGUGGAACAGAUUUACGAAAAGAGUUCUCCCCGACAUCAACGAUGGCAGUACCUACCUCCUCGGCAGAUUCGCGCAGGGAGGUAUUUCACUAGUUUACAACAGUGAAACUUCAGGCAACUCGGCAAUAUUCGAGCAACUUGGCGAUAUCCCGCUCUCUAUCGGACUCACGGACCUCUGCGGUUGUACGGCCGUGGUGAUCGCAUCCAGGCGAGCGGUUUGUGAAAACAUUUCUUUCAGCCCAGAGCUAGAUGAAGAGACUGAACUGAAUGAAGAAGGUCAAGACGAAUGGCAGAUAUUCGAAGAAACCGCUCUUCAGUUCAUGAGAUCAGGGUUCGAUAGCUGGAGUGAGCAGAGAUACCCUGGUCUGGAAGAUGUGGCCCGAUUCUUUCAACUGGAAUCCUCUCCACAGAUCUUUAUCAUAUCACCUCAGCAGGAAGCCGAACCUGCAAUUGAUAUGGAUGACAACGGCCCCGGCGACGAGCCUGACCCAACGCAAUACCGCCCUGGGCUCAUUUAUGAUAUCAAGGUCGAUAUUCUCAGAGAUUCCAUGCUACACGUCCUCGGCGAUGCUAGAAUCCCCGUGACAGUGUUCACUUAUCAGGCUCUAAAUCAGUUUUCAACAAUCGAGUCCAAUAUUCUAGACAACACAGGACGAGGGAAAUCUCUAUUUGAAUACGAUCCGAACCUCGAUGGCCGUCGCAACUGGAGGGGCUCUCGACUCAUCGUCGAAGGGUAUGACUGGUGGGUCACGACUGACACUGGUAAUGGCGUUCCGAUCAAUCAAGGGAUCGUUUAUCGCGACUGGUGGAGGCCGAAUGAUGUUCCAUGGCUCGGUGAAAAUAGGAUACUUGCUACCUUGAGCCCAGGUGCUCCGUACUUGCUCCCAUGCGGCGAGCAAUAUUACGACGACGUUGAAUACACCUGCUACGAGAAUAGCACACUCUGUCCUAUUUUGGAUAGUCAUCCGACUCUUCUCUGCGGCUCUCAGUGCUACGACGAGUCAUUGUAUGCCUGCUAUGAUGCCAAGCUUUGCCCCAUUCUGGAUGGCGAGACAACUUUCCCAUGUGGGGAAGACUGCUAUCUUCCUGCAGAGUAUAGUUGUGUGUCAUCUAAGCUGGUUCAAGUCCACGCCAACACCAAACCUGAUCAAUCGGGUGUUGUUAUUCCCACCCGGACAAGCCGCAGCUCCCACAGCUCUGCAAGUAUCACGACCAACACAAAUUCAGAUAGCCCCGAUCAGUCAGGUAGCAGGGUCCCUACACCAAGCCCUGACAUACAAGGGUCAGAGGUCAUUCUUGACGGGACAACAUAUACCAUCGGCCCACAGUCGACCACGGUCACAGCAGAUGGGCACGUAAUCACGCUUGGCCCUGGUGGUAUUGUGAUCGGAACCUCGACAGUCACAAUCCCACCUUCUCAGAGAAGACCGACGACGAUCACUGCAGAUGGGGUUGCUAUCACCUUUGCUCCCCACCAGACUGUUUCCCCAACCACUAGCUCUACUUCAACCUCAAUUCCAUCGAGCAAUCUCCCGACCUCGCGGGACCCAGCGACCACAACACCCCCAGUACCGGGGCCGACCUCGAAUCCACUCACACCCAGCUCCACGACGAUUCCGAUUACCACGCCCAUCCUGAUCCCCUCGAGUACUGUGGUCACAAUCACUGCAUCUGAUGGCUCUCUGACAGCGGAGGUUACAUUUACACCCACCACAUUUACCGAAUACACUCUCCUUCCCGGCACGAUCACUGUCACGACAUCUGUGAAUGGCAUUGCCACGGCAAUCGUGGUUGGACCGGGCGGGAUCGCAUGGAACCCCAUCGCCACGACUACGAUUACCAGUGGUUUUCCCCCUGUUCCAUUUCCCACCAUCCCACCAAGUCCGCAGUCUGCCAGUCCUCUUCCAUCACGAACUUCCACCAACACUGACCCAUUCCCCUCAUCCAUCUUUCCUGUUCCGUCAGUCAUCACUACCGUCGUGACAUCUGAUAUACCGGUAGAGGGUCCCGUAGUUACUACGAUCACCGGUACUACAGACUCAAGUGGUAUCAUUGUCCCGAUCACCACCCUUUCCACGGCAGCAGCAAUCGCCUCUGCGAAGGCCAUUAUUUCAGACCUGAGCACUCUUUCUGGAGCUCUGGUCGCCUUCUCCUCGAAUACUGCCAAUGCCGCAAAGGCGACCUCAGUCUCAGAAGCUAGAGAAAAGGCCAAGUCCGACACACACAACUUCGGCAUUGACCUCGGUAUUUCUCUCCCUGGUCUUUGCUUCAUCUUCUGCGGGUCGGCAAAGGGAAUCAGUUCUUCCCUCGACACGGUUAGAGAUGUUGUUGACCAGAUCAUCAAAGGCACAGUCAACGCCGACUCUCUGACCGGACCUCUUACAAAUUUGAACAGUGGCAUUAACGACCUAUGGAAUGAUGUGAAAGAGGCCGAGAACUCGAAAGGUUCCACAACCAACCCGAUUUCGGGUGUCACGUCCACUUCCUGUAGUACGCAAACACCUCUUACCAACUGUGUUGUAUUUUGCUCUACUGGACACCCCUCGGGGGAUUUGGCUACGACAUCUUGCUUCUCGACCACAUGCAGCUUCACCAUGGCUUGCGACACUGCUGCUACAACUUCGACGUCUUUCGAGCUUGACAAGUGCCCCUUGACCACCCCGUCUCCCGGAGGCAUGUCCGUAUAUUCUUAUCCGGGGUUUAAAUUCCAAACGGUCAAGCCUGCAUGGACGGAAUCAACGACCACAACCGAGUCCACGACGACUGAAUCCACGACCACUCAGCCCACAACCACUCAAUCGACAACCACUCAGCCCACAACCGCUCAGUCCACAACCACUCAGUCCACGACUACCGAGACUACAACCAGUCAUUCUACAACGACUCAGUCUACUACCACAACCGCUACCACAACACAGACCCCCGCCCCGACUCCGGAUAUGGUUGACAACUGCAACGCCAUUACCAACGUGCGCCCAAGUGAGCCGAUCUCCUGCGCCGAUUUUGCAGUUAAGUUCUCGAUUACCGUAGAGCAGCUCCUGGCUUGGAAUCCAGUACUGGGAACAACCGACGUGGAUAAAUGCGACUUUGCAGUCGGCUGGGCAAAUGGACGACAGAACUUCUGCAUUGGUGUGAAUGAGCUUACAACAACAAGCGCAUCGCCCCCAGGGCCCACUGGUAUAACCAAAUGUAAUACCUACGAGGACUGCCCUCCCUGUCGAGACGGAUACUGGCGCUGCUGUCUUUCAGGCUGCCACGGGCAUCUGGUGCCGGAGUCGAAUACUUGCGGUUGUAUCAAAGAUGGAGAGAGUGUUGGUGCGGUCUGUGGAUGCAUGUAA